UAUGUAAAAUUCACCUACCGAAAGGAAAAAAAGAAGAAACAAACAAAAGAAAAAUACUUGUAUAGCAAUCAGCAAGCAAAUUCAUUUCCCCUUCUCCUCACUUCGCAGGCUCUCAACCCCUUCUGUGAGAGGACUUCACUGAAAAGUCCCCUCAGGCAUUUGAGAUGUCAACUCCAGCUAGGAAGAGACUGAUGAGGGACUUCAAGAGAUUGCAACAGGACCCUCCUGCCGGUAUUAGCGGUGCACCCCAAGACAACAACAUUAUGCUCUGGAAUGCGGUUAUAUUUGGUCCUGAUGAUACACCAUGGGAUGGAGGUACGUUCAAACUGACACUUCAGUUUACAGAAGAUUAUCCAAACAAGCCACCAACUGUUCGAUUUGUUUCUCGAAUGUUCCAUCCAAAUAUUUAUGCUGAUGGAAGUAUAUGUUUGGAUAUCCUGCAAAAUCAGUGGAGUCCCAUAUAUGAUGUUGCAGCCAUACUUACAUCUAUUCAGUCAUUGCUGUGUGACCCGAAUCCAAAUUCCCCUGCAAAUUCAGAAGCUGCUCGGAUGUUCAGUGAGAACAAGCGAGAAUAUAAUCGCAGAGUCAGGGAAAUUGUGGAGCAAAGCUGGACAGCCGACUGAUCCUGUGGGUGAAUACUUUGUGGGCAAAUCAAUGCAGGCACUUGGAAUCCUAUUCCAACUGAAAUUUGCCCCUCGCCAACGUACGUUAUGCCACUUAUGUUUCAGUCCCAUUAAGAUGUAAGACUGUUGGUUUGUAUCAUGUAAAUUGGAGUUUUAUUUCAUUUGGAAGUUUAAUGAAGUUACUGCUUGAGACCAUGCUUGUUAGGAGGAUUCUUCAGAUUUCAGGUAUACUUGUGUGGUAAUAAAAUUUGUGCUACAUUCAGUCA